ACUAGCAGCAACAAUGGCGAGCACUAUAUAUACCCCUGCCCUCUGAAACUCCCCUCAACAAAACCACAAGCAGCAGGCAGCAUUGCAGCUAGCAGCACUUCGUCUCUAGAGAAAGAGAGGGAAAGAUGGGGAGGGAUCAUGUUCAUGGGGAGAAGGUGAAGCUGUUCAUGGGGGUGCUGGCUCUGCAGUUCCUGCUCGCCGGCUUCCACAUCGUCAGCAGGGCGGCGCUCAACAUGGGCAUCAGCAAGCUCGUCUUCAUCGUCUACCGGAACAUCAUUUCCCUCGCCUUGCUCGCCCCCUUCGCCUACUUUCUCGAGAAGAAAGACAGGCCGCCGCUCACCUUCUCGUUGCUGGCAGAGUUCUUUGUUCUAGCACUCAUUGGGAUCACCGCGAACCAGGGUUUCUACCUGCUGGGCCUGUACCACCUGUCCCCGACGUAUGCCUCGGCGAUCCAGAACAUGGUGCCCGCGAUCACCUUCGUGCUGGCCGCCGUGCUCCGGCUGGAGCAGGUAGACCUGGGCAGGCGGCACGGGGUGGCUAAGGUUGUUGGCACGGUGGUGAGCGUGGGCGGCGCCACCGUGAUCACGCUCUACAAGGGCCUGCCGCUGUUCGCCGCCCACAACCUGCACGUGCAGGCCUUCCUUACCUGGACCUCCGAGAGCCCCAUCUUCAACUGGACCCUGGGGUGCGUCUUCAUCCUCGGCCACUGCCUCUCCUGGUCCGGCUGGAUGGUCCUCCAGGUGCCGGUCCUGAAGCGGUAUCCGGCGAGGCUCUCCGUGAUCUCGCUCACCUGCGUCUUCGGCCUGCUCCAGUUCCUGGUCAUCGCCGCGUUCACGGAGGAGGAUUUGAGCAGGUGGAAGGUGCGCUCCGGCGGGGAGCUCUUCACCAUCCUCUACGCUGGGCUGGUGGCGUCGGGGGUGGCGUUUGCUCUGCAGAUAUGGUGCAUCGACAGGGGAGGCCCUCUCUUCACCGCCGUCUUCCAGCCCGUGCAGACCGUUGCCGUAGCCAUCAUGGCGGCCAUCAUCCUCGGAGACCAGCUCUACACCGGAGGGAUCAUUGGCGCCGUUCUGAUCGUCAUUGGCCUGUAUUGCGUGCUAUGGGGCAAGAGCGAGGAGAAGAAGACCAGGGAACAAGAUCCAGAGAUGACAAGGCAUCUGCUCGGGCAAGACGGUCAAGCUAAGGAUCAAGAGGUUAACACUGACCUGCUGGCAUGAUACGGAGGUGGAAGCUACUAGAUUUGGGAAUGUGCUGUUGUUGGGUACUUGUAAUUUUUAACUAUUUCGUUCACGGCGACCAGGAUCACCUAAUGUGACGAUGUGAACUGCGAAACACUAGUCAUAUUUGCCAUA